AUGGCCACGUUAAAUUUCGCGCCAUUCAACUAUGGCUCUGAGACAUGGGAGUCUUACACGGCUCGGUUUGAAUGUUUUUUGGUCGCACACGACCUCACCGAGCUGACGGACGAGCGGAAAUGCGCGUUUUUCUUGUCCGUUUGUGGCACAGACGUUUUCCACACAGCCAGGGCUCUCACAGCUCCUGACCCCAUCAAGGCCGUUCCGUGGCCCGUGCUGAUGGCAAAGCUGACGAGCCGUUAUGCUCCGUCCCCGUCCAAAAUAGCCCGCCGGCACGCGUUCCAUCAGCGAAGCCAAGCUGAGGGGGAGUCCGUUAGCGCAUACGUUGCUGCCCUACGAUCGGCCGCCCUCCACUGCGAGUUCCGGGAUUUGGAUGAAGCUCUCCUCGACCGCCUGAAGAUUCAACUGACGGUUACGUUAGAAGGGAAGCCCUGUGAGAUGGAGCUCGACACCGGUUCCGCAACGUCCAUAGUGUCGUGGAGCACAAUCAAACGCCUUUUGCCGCAGCUAUCCAAACGCCAGCUACAAGACUGUCAUCUCACAUUAAGAGACUAUCAGGGCAACCUGAUUCCAAUAAUUGGCACCCGUAAGGUCAGAGUGCAGUUCAAGGGGUUUGACGGCCGGUUACCCCUCAUCAUAGUCGAGGGACGGCUGCCCAGCCUUCUUGGUCUUGACUGGUUCCAGUCCCUGGGUCUGCAGAUCAGCGGAAUCCACCACCUCAGCGCAACUGCACUCGAUUGCCUGGUUAACGAGUUUCCAGCUGUAUUUGACGGCACCCUAGGCAAGUACACAGGCACACCAGUUUCUUUUAACCUUGACCCGUCAGUACAGCCGGUGCGAAUGAAGCCUCGCCGAGUGCCCAUCGCACUCAAACCGAAAGUGGACGCUGAGUUGGACAGGCUGGUGGCUCAAGGCGUCUUGGAGCCAGUGGACCAUGCCCGGUAGGAAACACCCAUUGUGUUACCCAUCAAGCCAGAUGGCAGCGUAAGGAUUUGCGCUGACUACCGCUGCUCGAUCAACCGUGCCUUGCCGUCCAACGCAUACCCGGUGCCAGUGGUCCAACAUUUACUGCACACCUUGGGCGAGGGGACUGUUUUCGCGAAGCUCGACCUCGCCCAAGCCUAUCAACAGCUGGUAGUGGACGAUGAAGCAGCGGAAGCACAGACGAUUAUCACACACCGGGGCGCUUUCCGUUGCCGCAGACUGCAGUUUGGGGUCAGCAUUGCCCCAGGACUGUUCCAGAGUUUGAUGGAGCGGUUGCUCCAAGGACUCCGAGGCGUCGUCCCCUACUUUGACGACGUCCUCGUAUCAGCCACCUCCAUGGACGAACUCAUGGCCCGUUUGCGCUUGGUUCUCCAACGUUUCCAACAAGUGGGACUGAAGGUUAAGAGAGACAAGUGCCAGGUUGCGGUAUCCCAGAUAGAAUUCCUUGGUUUCCUUAUCGAUGGCAGUGGCAUCCACCCCACGGCUGCCAAAAUCAAAGCCAUCCUGGAGGCCCCUGCUCCAACUAACAGAGCUGAAUUACAGGCCUUUUUAGGCCUACUCAAUUUUUACGCUGUCUUCCUUCCACAUAAGGCAAUGGUAGCUGAGCCACUUCAUCGCCUCCUAGAUUCAGGUGCCCCCUGGGUUUGGGGCCGCCGAGAGGCCUCCGCGUUCCUAGCUGUCAAACACCUGCUCAUCUCCAACGAUGUCCUAGUGCAGUACAGCGAACACUUGCCCCUCGUGCUCGCUUGUGACGCUUCACCCUAUGGAGUGGGCGCCGUUCUCUGUCACCAGCUACCCAGUGGGGCAGAGGUGCCAGUCGCCUAUUUUUCCCGCACGCUUUCUGCCUCUGAACGCAACUACUCGCAAAUUGACAAAGAGGCUCUAGCCAUUGUGGCCGGGGUUCGCCGCUUCCAUCACUAUUUGUAUGGCCGCCCCUUCCAAAUUGUCACUGAUCAUAAGCCCCUACUGGGUUUGCUGGCCGGAGAUCGGCCUGCCCCACAGGUCCUAUCUCCACGCAUGACUCGUUGGUUUGUGUUCCUGGCUUCCUACGACUAUCUGUUGCACCACCGACCGGGGAAGCAGAUCGCUCAUGCCGACGCACUCAGCCGUUGCCCCCUGCCAGAAGCUGAUGAAGACCCUGCUGCUGUGGCCCCUGUGUUCCUUAUCGACGACCUCAACCUUCCAAUCUCUGCCGCCGACAUCGCCCGGUCAUCCGCAAGGGAUCAGGUAAUAUCCCGGGUGCUAGAUUGGGUUAGGCGAGGGUGGCCGAAAGACCCCGUAGACCCCAUUUUCCUGCCCUUCAAAGCACGCCUGGCGGAGUUCUCCGUCCAGCGCGGCUGUUUACUAUGGGGCCAUAGAGUAGUCGUGCCUGCCUCACUGAGGACUACUGUCCUGCGGCAGCUGCAUUACGCACAUCCCGGAAUUGUCCGGAUGAAAGCCCUAGGCAGAAGCUACGUCUGGUGGCCCAAGCUUGACCAAGACAUAGGGGAGGCAGUGUACGCCCGGAAUUAUGGAGGGCAUCCCUUGUGGCUACCGGGCGUAAUAACUGACCAGACCGGGCCCUGCUCCUACAGGGUCAGGCUCCUCAACGGCAGAGUCUGGAAACGCCACUGCGACCAGUUGCGGAGCAGGCGCCAACCACCAACAAGCCAGCAGCCGUCAACCGACCUACCCAGUCUGACAACCCCGACGGACAACCAUUGA